AUGAACCACCUCAAAAUUAUUAACAGGCACGGGAAAAGCUUCAGUACCCUGUCAUCCCUGAAGAAAAAAUGGCAAAACCUAGGAUCGUACAUAACGAAGGAAAGUGACAUGUCCCAUUGGAGGGAAUUGAAUGCAAAGCUUUUCGAAGCAGAGGUGCUUGUGCAGAAGCAGGAAAAAGAGAAGUUUAAGAAGAUCGAUUGGAAUAUGUGGAACGAGAAAAUUAGUAAUAAGGAGGUUUUACUAUGCAUGAAGAACUUCUACGAAUAUCAGAUGAAUUCUCUUGAGGAAAUGGAGGAAAUGGUGAAAGUGGAGGAAAUGGAGGAAAAGAAGAAAAAUCAAGAAGACGAAUUGUUUGAGAAAGCACUGAAAAAUUGCAAGGAGGCAGAAAAGACAUCAGCUGAACUUCUGAUAGAUGGAGCAAAAACUUUGUGGAUAAAUUUUCAUAACCCAGCAAUAACCAACUUAGAUAAUAAUGAAUGGAUUGAUAGCGACUUGUAUUGGCAAGCAUUUGUUGAAAAACAUUCGACAUACAACCUGAACAGCAAAAGUUUAACUCCAGAAGACGAAGAAAAUAGAAACAUGGAAAAGAGCGAAUGGCACAAGAAAACGACAAAAUUUAAUGAAAGAAGUGACACUCCCAUUUUGUAUGAUUAUAUGAUUAAUCUUCCAUCGUGGGAAUAUUAUGAUAUUAAUAGAAGAAUUUUUUUAGAAAAUUUAGUAUACUUUUUGUUAAGAACAGGAUUAUGUUAUAAAUUUUUUCCUGAAUUGUUUAGUUGGAAAUGGAAAACUCACAUAGAAGAUUUACGAUUUCAAUAUUUAGAAAUAGCUCAGAGAAGAAGAAAAAAUUAUCAAUUAUCAACAGAAAAAAGGGAAGUGCCUUUGGAAUUACAACCAACGGAUUAUGAACAUAAAGGGGAAGAAUAUCAUAUGAAAUUAUUACAACAUUUUAGGGAUUAUCAAAAUUUAGUACUUUCUAGACUUAUGGCACAUUAUAUAUUUUUAUGCGACCCAUUCAUUCCUGUGCAAACAAUGGAAAUGCUACAAUAUGUAUUGAGAUCAUAUGAAGGCGGAAAAUUAUAUAAAUUAAAUAACGACCAAGUCAAUUGUUUAUUUUAUUUACCACCAAAUUGUGAUGAAAACAAAACAAAUAUUACAUACAAACCAUUGGAAGCACUAACUAAUUUUAAUCGAUAUUUGCAAGGGAAAAAUAUAAAAUUAAACGAUUCUUAUUUUGCAUUUUUACAAAUAUUUACCCAAAUUAUACAAGAAAGAGGGGAUUUUUGGUUAACCAUUCCAAAUGAAAAUAUAGCCGAUUCAUUUUUGAGACGAUACAAUAAAGACGAUUCACUUUUCCCUGUCUUUGCUGAGUACAUUUCUUUGUUAAAAGAAAAUUUUAAAAAUAAAACAGAAAUUUCACCAAAUAUGUAUGAAAAUGAAAUUGUACCCAUAGAACAGAAAUAUCUAGACGAAUGUUCUUUUUUUGACCGGUUAAUCAAAACUUUCCUCCCAGAAGAUAUUUCACUUUCAUUUGAUCAAGUUGUUCUGCCUGACAUAACCAAGUUGGACCUGAACCAAAUUAAGAAAUUAUUAAAUGAGAAAAAAAUCAGGAUGCUGCACCCUCAAACACAGCAGGAGGUUCUUGACCCAGACGUGUUCAUGCAGCUUGUCAAGCAGGAGGAAAUCCAGCGUCAGCAGAUCCACGAGUUCGUAAAAUCUCUUCCAGCCUAG